AUGAACUCUCAAGACUCAGCCGUGGUCCUCGCGGACCGAACAAAACCGGACGAGCGCGAGCAAGACGCCACAAUGGCCCCUACUCCAGACUCAGAUGCCGACUCAGACACACAAAUGGUCGAGAAGUGGCACGAGGUAAUCGACGAGGUCCUCAAGGCCGCGCGCGACGCCUUUCCCUCCAGCCCAGCCUUCGACGCCGCCUCGCCGGGUGCCUUCCAGGCCUACUGGCGCGGCGUCUUCGCGCGCCUGGGCGAGAAAGUCACGGCCGACGCCGCCAUCGCGGAGAAGCUGACGUCGCCGCCCUGCAAGGCCUUCGCCGUCACGCUGUUCCGGCAGCAAGAAGCCGCCAUGUGCCCGUGCUGCCUGCCCGAUGUUGAGCCCAGCUUCACGCUUCGGAACGACGGUGGUGUCACCAAGGGGGAUCUCGUCAGGGGCAUUGAGGAGUUUUUGUACGGAGAGAGGCUUCCUCGUGUCUAUGAGGAGGCCGUGUAUGAUGAGGAUGAGGACAUGGAUUGUGAGGAUGAUGGUGAUGGCGUUGUCCCUGACGAGGAGGCGCGGAGGACGGGUGUGCUGAUUCACGGGGCGAACUGGAUGAGUGCUGGCGGUAAUGCGAAAGGGGAGACAUAUGUUUACGGUGGAUCUUCUGAGGGUUACCCGAUCAAAAUCUGGAUGUAUUGUUGUCAGUGGGAAGAGUUCGAGGCAGUUGAGGCGGCGAAACUACGGGACGAAGCCGAGGAGGCAGCUGAGCAGAAGGUUGUGGCGAAGCUGUAG